CUAUUUAUACUUUACUACUCUCCAUAGAGGUCUCAAAUUUGUAAUCUGUCUGUCAAGUUAAAGCAAAAAAAUUCUAGCUAGAUUAGAGCAUCGUAUUACAUUAUACAUCUACCAUUCCAUCCUUUCUUUCUUUUCCACUUAUUAUCUUUCUCACAUACAUACACUGCAAAUUCAAAGAUGGCAACUAGAGGUGAGAUUUUCUUAGAAAUACUGAUUGCCAUCCUUCUCCCACCUCUUGGAGUUUGCCUUAGAGACGGCUGCUGCAGUUGCGAGUUCCUCAUAUGCUUGAUACUGACGCUCUUAGGAUACGUUCCCGGAAUAAUAUACGCCGUCUAUGCCAUCGUGGUUCGCGGUGGUGGCAGACUCGACGAUGAAAGGCGUCCUCUCACCGCCUGAUUUUUUUUUUUUUCAUGUGGUCUGCCAAAUUAAUGAAUUUAGAUUUCUUCGUUUGAUCUUUGUUUCUCUAGUUUGAGAUUUUUCGAGUGUACACACUUUUCAAUUUGUUUUACUCCAUCCGUCCCAUAAUUAUUGUCCAGUUUGGGUUUUUAUUUCUAGUUCAAUUUGUACUAAAAAUAAAAUUUUAAACUUGACAAUAAUUUUGGGACAGAGGGAGUAAUAUUUGUGGCAAAUAGGAUGUAGGGGUCACCGUAUUUUGUGACAUUUUUCUUUUAUGACAAUAAUGGUUGGGAAUAACUAGUCAUUUUUUUCUUAGUAGGUCAGCUAGAAUGAUACCGGCUUUGAUUCUCGCAAAUGAACUGCUCAUCUCUUUGGUUAGACUUCUAGUUCGUUAACCAUUUCCAAAUUCUUGAAUCACUUUUAGCCCUUAAUUUGGAUAAGUCAUAUGGCUGAUGUGAACAAGUAUUUAAUGGUCCGACCAAGCUUAAUUACGAUACUAAAACACACUCUACAAAACGUCUAAAAAAGCAUUGC